AUGUACGAAAAGUGUUCAAUUAUCAAUGAAUUUAUUAAAUGCAAAUCAAAAUUACAAUUUAAAGGUGCAUUCAUAUUGAUAAUUGUUGGUUUAAUAUUGGGGUUUGUUAUAUUCAUGAUUAGAAAAUUACAUCGUCCAACAUUGAUCAACACUAUCAUAGCUGGUAUAACAGCAAAUCUAUUAUCGUUUGGUGUUGCUUUAUUUUGUGGCUUCUUUGAAUUUAAAUACGUUGUCAUGGAUGCCAUUGUAUCAUUUGUAUUAGUUAUAGGAUUCCUUUCUAUUGUAUUAUCUUAUUUCUAUUGUAUCUUUGAAAUUGUAUUCAAUACAUGUUGGAUUUGUUUAAUUCUACUUGCAAUUGUUUUCACUCCAUAUUAUUUCUACUUAAAUAAUGAAUCAACCGAAUAUUCAUCCUAUCUCAUUGGUUUUAUAAAUGUAUUUGAAAUUAUCACAUUAAAUUUGUUUGCAUUAAUCACAUCAUUGGAUAUUGGACAAACCACAUUGAAAUGUGAUUAUGGCGGGAAUGAAUGA